GAUUUAAACGGACUAAUGACCAGGGGCGUCUGGAAGAAGUCACCAAUGAGCGGGCGUGAGGGGCGGAGCGCACAAGUCCUAGUGGGUUUGGCUGCACCACGGCUUUGGCGCAUUUUCGGCUGGUUUGAUUCAUCCAUUUUGAAGAGACGGGGGAGCGGGGGGCUCGACCGAUCCAGGGACCUGAGCCAAGGCGCGGCGGAGGCUGAGAGGCCAGCAGCUCGGGGCUCAGCGGCAGAGGCCGGCGGAGUGGGGGGGUGGGGCGCCGAGCGCGCGGGGGGGGGGGUCCUGCUCCUCGUCUCGGCUCGGCUCGGUCCGGUCUCGACUGCGAACAUGUCUCGGCCUGUCAGAAAUAGGAAGGUCGUUGAUUAUUCACAGUUUCAGGAAUCAGAUGAUGCAGAUGAAGAUUAUGGAAGAGAUUCAGGCCCUCCAGCUAAGAAAAUUCGGUCAUCUCCUCGAGAAGCUAAAAAUAAAAGGCGAUCUGGAAAGAAUUCACAAGAAGACAGUGAGGAUUCAGAAGAAAAAGAUGUGAAGACCAAGAAGGAUGAUUCUCACUCAGCAGAGGACAGUGAAGAUGAAAAAGACGACCAUAAAAAUGUGCGCCAGCAACGGCAGGCAGCAUCUAAAGCAGCUUCUAAACAGAGAGAGAUGCUCUUAGAAGAUGUGGGGAGUGAGGAAGAACCAGAGGAAGAGGAUGAGGCACCAUUCCAGGAGAAAGAUUCUGGCAGCGAUGAAGAUUUCCUAAUGGAAGACGACGACGAUAGUGACUAUGGCAGUUCAAAAAAGAAAAACAAAAAGAUGGUUAAGAAGUCCAAACCUGAGAGAAAAGAGAAGAAAAUGCCCAAACCAAGGCUAAAGGCUACAGUGACACCUAGUCCAGUGAAAGGCAAAGGGAAAGUGGGUCGCCCCACAGCUUCAAAGGCUUCAAAGGAUAAGACUCCUUCUCCCAAAGAUGACGACGAGGAAGCAGAAAGCCCUCCAGAGAAGAAGACGUCUGCAAGCCCCCCAAUGGAGAAAUCUGGAGAUGAAGGGUCUGAAGAUGAAGUGCAGUCUGGGGAAGAUUAAAAAGUGAUAAUGUUUUGGGAGAGAUUUUAUUAAAAAAAAUGGAAACCUACUUAAGUUAGGACACGGUUUUGGCUAUGGCUUGACUCAUGGGCUUUCAUUGCUUUUUCAUUUGUCAAAAGAAUCUCAAUCUCUCCCCUUUAUCUCUCUCUCUCUCUCUCUCUCUCUCAAAACCAUUGUAUGUUAAAGUGUUUAAGUUACCAUUUGUCUUUGCUCUUUGCCACCCCCAUCCCCUUUUCCCAAUGAAAGCCAUGUCAAAUUAAUCACUGGAUUGACUGCUUCAUCUUUUUAUUUUGCAAUGAAAGGUAUACCACAGUUGUAAAGCAAUAAGAUUUGAGAUGGACACUAUGGAAACUUUGCUUUCUGCUAAAGAGUAGCAUCUUGAACAGUAAUCAAAAACUAGAAAGGUUUUAAUUAGAAAUGAUUGUUCUUUCUUUGCCUGUACUUUUGAAAAACCAGUUGUCAUUUAACAUGAGCUUAUAUGUCUUUAUACAUAAGUAUAAAUGUCAAAAAAAAAAUCAUGACUAAACUUCACUGGUGAGGGAGCUGAUAAACAUGAACUCUGGAUUGCUAACUGAAAGUACUCAACUUAUUCCCCUAGGAUGUGGGAGGGAAUGGGUUCCCUGAGCUUAUUUGGGGAUGUGGGUUUUCCUUUUUUUUUUUUUUUUUUUUAAUACUUGUUAUUCUCAAAGAGACUCAGAGCCAGUGAUCUUUUUAUCUUGCUACAGUCUUUAAGGAGUUUUAAAAACUGGGCCACCAAAAUCAAAAUCACUCUCAAUUUCAUAUUUAAUUAUCUAUUGGUUCAUAUUUUUAAAAUAUAUAUGUAUCCUGGGUUUUGGAUAAAAUUUUACCAAGGAUCAAAAGUUAAAAAGAGAAAAAUUCCCUAGAAUUUCAGUGACAAAAUGAAUCUCUGCACCAGAGUGCAUUUCUUUUCAGAUGGACGAUGUAAGGUUUUAAGGAAAUAAACUUCCAGUUAAUGUGAAGCUCAGUUACAAAAGAUUGAGAUUUUUUUCUUACAUGAACAUAGAGAAUUGGAACUCUUUUAUGCUAUCUGUGUGCUCAGAUCUAUGAACUAUGCUGUUUUUAUUUGGGAAUAACACAUUUUCCUUUUGAUCUCCCAAUCUUCCCAUUUCUUCAUAGAAGCAUGGUAAUGAUGGCACACAACUUCCCGCUGCUACUUAGCACUCCUGCACAGCCCUGCCUCCCAGCUCUACUGUGGGAUACUAUUUUCCUGGCUCUAUGUUCACUUACUGACAGGGUGGGAGGUAUGUUAAAUGCUGCUUCUAUACUGUGGAGUUUGGUUUUGCUUCUUAGUUGGUCUGACCCCUCCUUCACUGCUCAUUUCUUAAAGCAAGAGCCUGAGAUGCAACAAGACUAGAGAACUGUGUUUUAGGGUGCCCAGUGUGCCAUUAAUAACUGACAACACAUCUUAGCAAAGCAUCAGGAGGUAGAUUAUAGGUUUGGUCUUCCACUUUCACAUAAAAUGGACUGAAAGGAGCAAAGUUUAAGGUUCUCUAGUGUGCUUAUUGAACAUUUAGUGACAUGUAAUUUCUGUAUUUUUCCCUUCACUUGAGCUAAAUUUGCUUUCUCAAUAUCCUACUUUUCUGGAUUUGUUUUGUUUUUUGUUUUUAGACAUCAACAUGUUUGUCUCUGGCAAUGUAGUUUUCUUAUAGGUAUUCCCUAGGACAAAGAGUUAUUUAAGAAAUAUUUUUACUCUCAUUUUUAAGACACACUUUGAAGAAUAUUCUUAGGUCUGCUUUUAUAGAAAGGCAGAGUCAUCUUAAUCCUUCACUCUGAUAAUGAGUUUUAAACAUGGCAAAACAGAGACUUGAGCAUCAGUAGCAAAUGUUUUAUAUGAUGAUGGAAUUUAUAGUUGUGAACUAUGUAAUGGGGAUGUUAAGGAUUAUUCUGUUUGCUUCAGUGGCUUGCUCAGGUAUCCAUCUGUAAGAAAAAAAGGCUUGUGUUCAUAAGUCAGCAACUCAGCAGCAUUUCCACCAGUCAUGUCUCCCUUUUAGGGUUGUAUGGAACGCAGUCUUACAUCCCUAGUGACAUUUGGGCUUUUCUUAGAUUACAUUUCAUGAACAAUUGGGGGUAGGUAUCUUUCAACUUCAGUCUUUUUUUUUCUUUUUUUCUGAGCAGUCUCUAAAUCUGUGCUAACAUCUGAUUGUAUGUGCCUAUAAUUUAGAAGUACUUGUGUCUUCUAAGUUACUUGUGUCUGUUUGAUUGAGUUUCUUGUUUGGGGUACCAUUUAAAACUAAUUCCUCAGAUUGAAAAGUAUAUUCUCUAUUUACAGGCUGGACAGAAGGAUCUCUGUCCUCAAGUGAGCACAUAGGCUCUGAAUGACCUUUGUUUUCUCCAAUUCUUAUUGGUGGUUCAAAACACUGGGUCUUCCCCUCAAAUCAUGCAUGUGAAUAGGACAUUUAAGGGUGACUCAACUGGAAACAGGUGCUCAGUAGUCAGGUUUAAUAAUGACAUCAGGAUGAGUUAACAGCUGUAAGCUGAUAGUGACUCGCCAUUGGCACCUCCCUUGGCUUAAUGUUGGUCCCCUUUUUUCUAGUGUGCCUAUGGUAAAGUGGCAAUAGCAUUUACUGUCUUAUUUUGCAGUGCUCAGGAAACGGGAUGUUAGUUUGAAGGUGCUUGUCUAUGUUACCUAAGUUAGGUCAACUAGGUUUACCUCUAUAACUUAAGUCUCAACAGUUCUGCUGACUGACACUACAUUCUAGUUCUAAAGGCUCUUGUCAGCCUCACCCCCUACCCAGAAAUGGUAGCUUUUGUCUUAUUUCAGUGGGGACUUGCUGCUGCUUUUAACCCUUCCCAGCUCAGAUGAGAUUUGGGAGAGGGGUCCCAAGGGGUAAGUUUUAAUCUUAGCAAUGACAGAUUUGUCCCACUUACUAAAACUCUUCUACCUUUCAUACCUCCACUGCAUACUAAUUUGAUAAGCGAGUGCUUCUUUCUUUAAGGAAGCAUUGAGAAAGAGUUUUGGUUUGUUUGGUGGUUUUUGUAAUCUUGAUUUUGAAGACUCGAAGUUGAGUUUUCUUGAAGAAAUUUUGAUAGUUUUUUGUUUUUUGUUUUUGUUUUUUUUCAAAAUAACUGGUUUGUCUCAGUUCAGUCUUGAUUUUGGUUGAAACAUUUUCUUAUAGGUAACAAAUUAAGAAAGUGGAAUAUGAGGUUAUAAUCUAGCAACAUUUUGGUAUUUAUGGAUAUAGUCAACUGAAUUUGACUUUUGGGAAUAUAGUUUCACUCUGUAGCCGGGUUGGGAGUUCUUCCUCUACUGUUGCAGUGUUGGAAUGAAUGCCACCAUGACAGGUGACACUUUCUUAAAUAGUGUAUGCCCAUGAACAUGCAAGUGAUAAGUAGAUUUUGGGCUUCUAGGUUAGGGAGAACAGUGCUUUUCUUUAAACAAACUGGUUUAGGAACCACUGAGUUUUAGAAAGGUAAGAGCAGAAUUGAAUACCAGAAGCAAAGGGAAAGCUUGGUUGCCGUGGAAUGCCAAUUUGAGCAGUUUUACCAAGGUCAUCAGUAGCUACACUGAAAAGAAAACAUGCCCACCUAGGGCUUGGAGUGGGGAAGGCAGCUGUGCUCUUCUGUUUAGAUGGAGGUAACAAGCAAUAUAUCUUUCCUGCCAAAAAGUAGCAGAAAUUAAGAUUCUGGUUUCUCUUGAGGGUGUAUUCAUUUUCUCUGUGGAAGUCAAGUUUGCUUAAAGAUGAAGAGUGUUUUGACUAUUGAGAAGGACAUCAAGCUGUCAAUAGCCAACUUUCUAUCUCAAUCUAAUUUUGCCCUUUGUCUUACAAAAAAUACGUGAUUCUUUCCGAAUAUCAAAUCCAUUAAGUUACACUUUUGUUCAAAGCCUAAUUCACAGUGGUGCUGAUUGUAAUAACCACUAUUGAGGGAAAAAAAUCCCAUAUAUCUACCUGUUGCCAUGCCAAUGAGUACCUGAACUGGUGACAUCUGUUCAAGCAUGCUCCAUGUGACUGUAGAACCACUGUUGUGCAGACACUUUGUAUAUUGGGUAAGGGAGGGUUUUCUAGAUUAUGGGGGGAGGGUAAAUUGGGAGUAAAUUGGGAUUAUUUUUGUUGUUGUUCCUUUACGGGAUGGGGGGUAUAGCACUCAGUUUAUGCCGUAAAAAUAACAUGUAUAAAAACCCUAAAGUGUUGUGUGGGUGUGGGUAUGUGUGAGUGCGUGCUUGUAUCUGGCAGUUAAACCUUUGUCUUCUGGAAGUUAGUGAAUUUUUUCUCUUUUUUUCCUCCAGAGGCAUUUGUUACAAGAUUUGUAAAUAAGAGCUCUCUACGUAGACUGUUUACCAUGAACAUGUUGCAGCAAACCUUACACACUUAAUUCCUUUAAGACUUGCCAGGUUAAGCAGCAGCCAAGCUCUCAAUAAUUGUUUGCCUUGAUGCAUCUUUUAGGCUUCAUUUGCCAGCUCUAAAACUCCCAGCCUUCCUUGAUUUUUGUUCUUAAUCUUACAUGUUCUGAGCAGGAAGAGUCAAAGAGGAACCUGCUUCACUGUCUUUAGUCUGUGGGUUGAGACCCAGGCAUCCCUUUCUUCAUACUGCAGUGUCAUUAGAUACAUGAUCAGACACCAGAGGGUUGGGCAUUCUUGCAAUACCUUAACGAUGCUGAAUCUGCAGCAUGGUACUAAGGAAGUUAAAGUUUGAAUGUAACCACUUUAUUUAAAAGUUUUUUUCUUUAAUUUAAAUGAAAUGGAGUUGAAGUGAACAUGAUUUUGUUGACCAUGUUCGUGAAUUAUAGAUGCAACAUGCAUUGGUAGAAUCGUGUGAUGGUCUUUGUGAUACUUAAUUUUUACAUAUCCCAGUCUCUA